GGUUAGGACAGCCUAUUUAAAUGGCAUUUUGCUGCACACUCAGUGCAGAAUGGUGCAGGGUCAUAUGUUCAGUGAGCACUCUUGUCCUUAGUGCUUUGCAGUUCCCCUCCUGGAUCAAGCAGCUGAUUUCUUCUGGCUUUAUACACACUAAGCUUAUUGUGACUUUGCAACACUGCCUGUGAUCCUUAUAUAGAUCUUAUACAGUGAGUAAAGAUGGUUGUGUCAAAAUCAUGGACUAUGGUGAGACAUUUUGAAGGUGUUCCAAAACUGGAAGACUUCAAGCUAAUUGAAAAUGAGUUGCCACCGCUAAAUGAUGGAGAGCUCUUACUACAAUCAGAAUUUUGGAGCGUUGAUCCAUACAUGAGGCCAUACAGUGUGCAAGCGCUAAAGGAUGGGGAUGUUAUGAUGGGAACCCAAGUUGCCAGGGUUGUGGAAAGUAAAAAUCCUGCCUUUGCAGUUGGUGAUUAUUAUGUAGCACGUGCAGGUUGGAGAACACACUUCAUAUCAGACGGUAAAGAAUUGCGUGCCUUACCAUCCAACUGGCCUGAAUCACUGCCACGUUCAUUGGCGCUUGGAUCUGUUGGAAUGCCGGGUGUCACAGCAUACAUCUGUCUUAAGAAAAUCUGUGAUCCAAAGCCAGGUGAAGUUCUUCUUGUCAACUCAGCGGCUGGUGCUGUCGGUACAAUUGUUGGCCAAAUUGCCAAGAUAAAGGGCUGUAAAGUGGUUGGAUCUGCUGGCUCAGAUGAAAAAGUUGCAUAUUUAAAGGAAAUUGGUUUUGAUGAAGCAUUCAACUAUAAGACUGUAAGUUCUUUGGAGGAAGCACUGAAGGCAGCAUCUCCAGAGGGCUACGAUUGUUACUUUGAGAAUGUUGGAGGAAAGUUUGGCGAUGUAGCUCUUCAACAAAUGAAGAGUUUUGGAAGAAUUGCAGUGUGUGGUUGCAUCUCUAUGUACAAUGAUUCUGUUCCGCAAACAGGGCCAUAUGCUCAGCCAUUAAUUCUCUUUAAACAACUUCGUAUGGAAGGGUUUUUGAUAUUCAGUUAUGAGGAUAAGCCCAUCUAUAAAGAAGGGCAGAAGCAGCUGUUAGAAUGGAUUUUAGAGGGCAAGUUAAAGUAUAAUGAACAUAUCACCAAUGGGUUUGAAAACAUGCCGGCAGGAUUCAUUGGAAUGCUCAAUGGAGAAAACACUGGAAAAGCAAUUAUCAAAGCAUGAAAUUUGAAUACAUACAUUUGUACAUGCUGGUGUCCUUUAGUGUUUGGUGGAAAAAUCCAUUGUUGAAUUCAAAUCUCCUACUUGGCUGUGAAAUAAUAAUUUGUUCAAAUACCAUAAGCAUAUAGAAAUAAAUAUCAUAUAUUUCUAAAUAUUGA